CCGGCUUUUGCAGGGAAAGGAGUGGGUGAACAUGGCUGAAGGCACCCGGAUCGGCCCAACGUGCCACGGGAUGGGUAGCAGGCAGGACCCCGUCUCCAGCAGUGGGAGCUGCAACUUUCCAGAGUACGAGCUUCCCGAGCUAAAUACGCGUGCAUUCUAUGUGGGCGCUUUCGGGGAGCUGUGGCGUGGCCGGUUGCGCGGGGAAGGGGACUUGUCGCUGAAGGAGCCGCAAGCAUCCGCGCUGCCAGGGAGCCAAGGGGUCGCCGAGUGGGGCCAGGAGGAUGCUGCGGUGGCCCGGGAUCUGGGCUGCAGCUUGGAGGCGGCAGCAGAGCUGCGGACCGUGUGCGGCCUUGAUAAAUUAAAGUGCCUUGAGGAGGGUGAGGACCCAGAAGUCAUCCCAGAGGACACCGACCUAGUGACUUUGGGGGUUAGAAAGAGGCUUCUGGAACAGCGGGAAGAAACCAUAACGAUAGAUCGGGUUUGCAGGCAAGAAACCUUUGCUUACGAGAUGGAGUCACAUGCCAUAGGAAAAAAGCCUGAAAACCCAGCAGACAUGGUUGAAGAAGGGGAGCUUAUCCUAUCUGUGAAUAUCUUGUACCCCGUUAUAUUUCAUAAGCACAAAGAACACAAACCAUACCAGACGAUGCUGGUAUUGGGCAGUCAAAAGCUCACGGAACUGAGGGAUUCAAUUUGUUGUGUCAGCGACCUCCAGAUUGGUGGCGAAUUCAGCAACACUCCUGAUCAAGCUCCUGAGCACAUAAGCAAAGACCUGUACAAAUCAGCCUUCUUUUAUUUUGAAGGAACAUUUUAUAAUGAUAAGAGAUACCCUGAGUGCAGAGAUUUGAGCAGAACUAUCAUUGAGUGGUCAGAGUCCCAUGAUAGAGGCUAUGGAAAAUUUCAGACCGCUAAAAUGGAAGAUUUUACCUUCAAUGACUUGUAUAUUAAACUGGGUUUUCCUUACUUAUAUUGUCACCAGGGAGACUGUGAGCAUGUUGUCGUCAUCACUGACAUAAGGCUUGUGCAUCGUGAUGACUGCUUGGAUAGGACCCUUUAUCCCCUUCUUAUCAAGAAGCAUUGGUUAUGGACCAGAAAAUGUUUUGUUUGUAAAAUGUACACAGCCAGAUGGGUGACGAACAAUGACAGUUUUGCACCAGAGGACCCAUGUUUCUUUUGUGAUGUUUGCUUUCGGAUGCUCCACUAUGAUUCAGAAGGCAACAAACUGGGAGAAUUCCUUGCUUAUCCUUAUGUUGAUCCUGGAACCUUUAAUUAAUAACAAAAGUACACCCUUGUGAAGUAACUACCCUGUGGAUGGAUGAUUUCCAAAACAUGUCACUGAGGAACAGGAUCCACCCGAAACAAUCAGCCAGUUACCCACCCCCCUGCACAAGUUCAGAUCACAGGUUUUCUUACAAAGUAACUUGUGUUUAGAAAUACAUUAUUUUAGUAUUUAUUCCAAAAUAUGGUUAUUAUUUAGUGCCUCUGCCCAUUAAGUGUGUUUAUCUAAGUUGUAGGAGUACUUUAUAUAUUUUGAAUACAAAUCCUUUGUCAGAUUCAAGUGUUCUGAUUUUUGCCCAGUCUGUGGCUUGUCUAUUCAUUCUGUGUCCAGAGUGGUUUUUGCUAAUCUUUAAUUAGAAAAAUUCAGUUAAUGAUACAUCAAGUGGUGGGAGUAUUUUGAAAAUUCUUUGAAGAGUGCGAGAGCUACACCUUGUACCGUGAGGCUUCCAAGGUAAACAUCAUUCAAUUAUCUGUAAUAAAAAUGAGGAACAAGAAUAAAAGUAGAUUUAACAAAUAACAGCAUUAAGAAUAGCUAUUGUGUAAUCUGUUCUCACAGUGGGUUCGUUUAUAGUGUUUUGUUUUGUUAGAAACUAGUAGGCACACUAAACAUUUUAAUGAGACUCACUGCAUGAAUAAUGAAUGUAAAAGGAUCCUGAGUAUAUACUCCUACCUUCACAAAAGUAACCUUUAAAUUGAAGAUUGAUUUCUUGGGCAAGAAUUUUUUCAGCUUAAUGUUAUUAAGAAAAUAGCAGAUUUUGAGGCACCUGCCUGGCUCAGCCGGUACAGUGUACAACUCCUGAUCUCAGGUUAUAAGUUCAAGCCCCACGUUGGGUAUAGAGGUUACUUAAAAAUAAAAUCUUAAGAAUAGCGGAUUUUAUGUAAUAUGACCACUGGGACAGGAGUGGGAUAUGGGAAGUCAAGAUCCUGUGGGUUGCUAGGAUCACUCAUUCUUGGGCAAUAAUACCCAAUAUUCUAUCAGAAUCAGUUGGACCAGAGGUUUUCUGGUCCAGCUCUUUCAUUUUUCUGGCCCCCUCACUUGGAUAAUCCUACUUACUCUCUUUCAUUCUGGUCCAGAGGACACCUUUGAUGAAUUCCAAGAUCUAGAUCAUUAGAGAAAAUUGUUAUUCAUUUAAAGUCAGUUGAAUUCCACAUUCCCUGGAUGGUUAAGAGCAGACAUUUACAAGUCAAAACUGAUGAAUCCUUUAAGCCUGUAUGUUUAAAAGAUUGGCAGUGAAAUGUUUUGUGGACUUAAGUACCACAUACCCAAUUAAGUCCAUUGCUGUACAGAGGACACGCACCUGUUUCUGAUCAUCCUUUCUCUGACCAGUGGGACAAAAUAAGGUGUUAGUGAAGCCCUCACAGCCUUGUAAAAGCCUUUGCUCUUAUGUAGGAUUAGUUGGCAGACCUCAUCUUGACCUGACCUCUUCAACCAGGGUUGUAAAUUUUAAAUGGCUGAGACUCUGGAGAUCAUCUAACAACCCACAAGACCAGAAAAAGGCUCAGGUGAGCAUCUCCCCUCAAAGAUAAUCAAAUAGAGAUGGAAGUAAACCUAGAUUUAACAAAAUUCAGUUCAAUGCCUUUUCUAGUAUCCCCCCCAUCCCACAAUACCUUGAAAAAGAUUCCUAAUAAACAGUAACCCACUCUCUUAUGGAUGGACCUCAUAUUUUGCACAGCGAAACAACUUCAAAUAAAUAUAUCCGUGCAUCUUUUUUUUCCCCUUUUUUUGGAAGUAAUCUCUGCUCCUGAACUCAUGACCUCAAGAUCGAGAGUUGCAUGCUCUACCGACUGAGCCAGCCAGGCGCCCCAACCAUGGCCCCAGCCAUGCACCAUAAAGAUGCAAAAAUUAUUUUACAAUACAGUGUUUAAUAUUCACACAAGGAAAUAAGUUUUAAACACUUUCUCAUUCAGUACUCAAAUACUUUAAAGAUUACUUUCUAUUAUGAGAUCAAAUGAUCAACCCAUUUUCCAAUUUCUU